UAAGUUGUCAGGUAAGUAGACCAUAGAUACAUAAGAAUAACAGAAACAAGUCAUUGAUAACCUGCAUUUCCAAGGGAAAAUCUUGGUCUAGUUUCACUGCGCUUCUCUUCUUCUAUGUGCUUUUCACGAUCGCUCUGAAUUUCCCUUGUCAUCUUUUUCAUCUAACCCUAAUACCAAGAUGGAGGAUGUUGCUACUGCUUCUAAUGGUAAAAUCAUUCAUAAUUAUAAAUUCUUGUACUUCUGUUUUCCUUCUGCAAUUUUGUCCCUCUUCAGUUAAUGCUAGUGUGUUCAAUAAGAGGAUAGAGAAAACAUGUUCCUCACAUUAGCAGUUGAAGAAGCAUACAAAGGGGUUGAAAGUGGCGACGGUUACCCAUACGGCGCAGUUAUUGUUCGAAAUGAUGAAAUAGUUGCGAGCUGUCAUAACAUGGUUGUGAGAAACACUGAUCCCAGUGCCCAUGCUGAGAUUACUGCUAUAAGACAGGCUUGUCGAAAGCUGAAUCAAGUUGAACUUUCUGAGUGUGAAAUCUAUGCUUCUUGUGAGCCUUGUCCAAUGUGCUUUGGUGCAAUUCUUUUUUCCAAAAUCAAGAAAGUGGUUUAUGGAGCAAGUGCAGAAGCUGCUGUGGCUGUUGGACUUGAAAGUAACAUUGCUGAUGCACUGAUGGACGAUAACUUUUAUGAGAAGGUCAACUUGGAGAUCAAAAAGGCUCAAGGUAGUAUUGCUGUAAUUGCAGAACAAGUAUUUGAGAAUACCAAAGACAAGUUUGUUCUGCCUUGACUUGCUUAUUCAUCUCAUCAUGUUACGGUUGUUCAAUAUAUUUUAAGUGAUUUUAAAAUAUAAAAAAAUAAAAAAAUAAAAAAAUAGAAAAUCACUGAUCAUAAAAAAAAAUUGUCAAAUUGUUAAAAAAACAUUUUCUUAAAUAUAUUAUAGUUUGUAUGUGGGUCCAAUGAUGGACCGCUCUAUUUGUUGAUUGUUGCUCCCACUUUUCUAUUUGUUGCCCCUUUAUUUGGACUUGCUCGUAAGACUUUUGUAUUCUCCCUUAUUAUCAAUGAAGUACAUUUUCCUGUAA